CCGGGAGCGCGCUGGAGACACCCCGAGCGCCCCGCGCCCCGGCACCAUGCGACCUGCCGCGCCUCCUCGCGGGCCCCGGGCUUCGCUCUCCGCUCGCUGAGCCCCUGCGCUCGCCACCACGGAAACUCGGAAAGAGGAGGGAGGCGAGACGCUGGAGAGCCCGGCGGAGACGGACUCGACUUCCCCUCCGCCCCAAGAGGCUGCGGGUCCCCGGCUCCCGGGGCUUCUCUAGCUUUAUCAUGAACCUGGCGCGAGCUUGGCUUUAGGAGAAAUUCAGAAGCCGGAGGGAGAGUCAAGGCAAUUCUUUGGUUGCUAAGUGUGAGUGAAGACGCCCAGGAUGGCUCAGGGACCCGGGGAUCAAAGAGCGGUGGGGAUUGCGGACCCAGAGGAGAGUUCUCCCAACAUGAUAGUCUACUGCAAAAUUGAAGACAUCAUUACAAAGAUGCAAGAUGACAAGACAGGGGGUGUGCCCAUCAGAACAGUCAAGAGCUUCCUCUCCAAAAUCCCCAGUGUCGUCACAGGUACUGACAUUGUGCAGUGGCUUAUGAAGAACCUUUCCAUCGAAGACCCAGUUGAAGCAAUACACUUGGGAAGCCUUAUAGCUGCCCAAGGCUACAUCUUUCCAAUCUCAGACCACGUUCUCACCAUGAAGGAUGACGGCACCUUCUAUCGUUUCCAGGCUCCUUAUUUCUGGCCUUCGAACUGCUGGGAACCUGAAAACACUGACUAUGCCAUCUAUCUCUGCAAGAGGACGAUGCAGAACAAAGCGAGGCUGGAGCUGGCAGACUAUGAAGCCGAAAACUUAGCACGACUCCAGAGGGCCUUUGCGAGGAAGUGGGAAUUCAUCUUCAUGCAAGCAGAAGCACAAGUAAAGAUUGAUCGCAAAAAAGACAAGACAGAAAGGAAAAUUUUAGAUAGUCAAGAACGGGCUUUUUGGGACGUCCACAGGCCAGUGCCAGGCUGUGUGAACACAACAGAAAUGGAUAUCAGAAAAUGUCGACGUUUGAAGAAUCCACAAAAGGUUAAAAAGUCGGUGUACGGUGUGACCGAAGAGUCCCAGUCGCAGAGCCCCGUGCACGUCCUCAGCCAGCCCAUCAGGAAAACUACAAAAGAGGACAUCCGGAAACAGAUUACGUUUUUGAAUGCACAGAUUGACAGACAUUGUUUGAAAAUGUCCAAAGUGGCUGAAAGCUUAAUCGCGUACACGGAACAAUAUGUGGAAUACGAUCCUUUGAUAACACCAGCUGAGCCAUCCAAUCCUUGGAUCAGCGACGAUGUCACUUUGUGGGACAUAGAAAUGAGCAAAGAGCCCAGCCAGCAGCGAGUAAAAAGAUGGGGCUUCUCUUUCGACGAGAUACUGAAGGACCAGGUGGGGCGGGACCAGUUCCUACGAUUCCUGGAGUCCGAGUUCAGUUCUGAAAACCUCAGGUUCUGGCUGGCUGUCCAAGAUCUCAAGAAACAACCCCUACAGGAUGUGGCCAAGAGGGUGGAAGAAAUCUGGCAAGAGUUUCUGGCUCCAGGCGCCCCAAGUGCAAUCAACCUGGACUCUCACAGCUACGAGAUAACCAGUCAAAAUGUCAAAGACGGAGGGAGAUACACAUUUGAAGAUGCCCAGGAGCACAUCUAUAAGCUGAUGAAAAGUGACAGCUAUGCCCGCUUCCUCCGGUCAAAUGCUUACCAGGACUUGCUGCUGGCCAAGAAGAAGGGAAAGUCGCUGGCGGGCAAGCGCCUCACCGGCCUGAUGCAGUCCUCCUGACCGGGCCCGCGGACCCCACGGCUGGGCGGCGGCGCUCCACAUCUGCGGACAGAGUUUCCUUGCGGGGAGAUUUGGUCACUGUGAAGGAGAAGGAGUGAGGGCGAUGAAGGGUGACAGUGGGGAGACUUUGGUGGGUGAACGGGGAGAGCAGAAAGAAAGAGCCCGGGGUCGGUGGUGGAGGCUCCGGUGUACAACCCUCUCUUCCUUGCACAGUUGUGGUCCAACACUCCACUCUCUAAGAGGCCCCUGAUGCUAACUCCUUCGGGGGAGAACACCGAGUGGGUUCCUGUCACGACUAUCACUUGAGAUUAUAUUAUCCUCACUCCUCCUGCUGUCUGGGGGGCGGGUCACACCUUCUGGCAAACUCAAGAGGGACAAGAGCGCAUCCAGUAUUCUGCAUCACCUCCCUGCUCCCUCUCUGGUGCAGCCGCCAUAGUUACAGCCGCCUUGUCCCAGCUGCCACCUGUCUGCCCACGUCUCUGCGGCCACCCUGAUAUCACUCUCACGUAAAAUGUGCACUUCACGUCCUCAGCGCUAGAGCAGCCUCAUGGUUUGCUUCCCCUCGAGUUCUCACCACCCGCUUUGAGAACAGUUUUCGGACAGGUCUCCGCUGGCGUGGUGGCUGCCCUCUCUCUGGUCCUGUCAAAUGUCUCAAGGGUCCAGCACUCGAGGAAGUGCUGCUGUAGAUGACGGAGCUUGUUCAACGGCUGUGGCGGUUCUGAUGACCACCCUUUAAAAAUGAUUACUUCAUAAUCCGUUCUGUUUUCACCCCCUUGCUCCUUGGUUUAUUCCCUCAUGUUUUACAAAAUAAACAUGGCCGUGAACUCAGGGGCCAUUGGGAGUGUCCCCUCCGGCAGCCCCAGGCAGGAGCUGGGAGGGUCCCCGGCCCAGGAGGUGGCUGGGUUGCAGCGCUGGCAGCCCCCACGUGGUGGCACCCUGACAGGCAGGCCAGGCCCUCGCAGGGUCAGGUCUCAGUUGGGGCUGAGGCUGGGGCAGAGCGUGCUACGGCGGGGCCAGGCCGGGGCCACACGGUUCUCUUCCCGGUCUCGAUCUGAGGGCCGAGAGAACGGAUCACCUAGGGGGAAACAAAACCUUCCAAAACCUGCAAAAGAUCCACUCCUAUUCCCUUUGUGCGUGUGUCAAAUUGACUAUUUGCCAACGUGCCUGUGAGGUCGUGUUGGUAAAGCACCGAGUAGGUGCUUGGCAAACGGUAGCUGAUGCUAUCACUAUUGUCAUUGUUGUCAUUGUGACGCCUGUGAGCCCGUGGACGGAGCCCGGAUUAAGUAACCUGUUUUCAAAUUCAGACACUCACUCCCCCACUUGCUAUGACUAUACCUUCCUUUGAUCUAUUUUUGAACAUAGGUAAAAAGUCUCCCUUGGGAGUGUAUAAACAGGAAACAGAGAAGCAAAAAAGCAAUCACUGGUAUUUCUUCACUCAUGUAGCCAAAUUUGCCAACUGGUGACCAAAGGCUCCUACGCUUGCUCAUCUGCAGUCCCAGCCGCCAGGGCACUCCCCAUGGCCCAUCUGUCCAGCCCCCACCUCCGAGUCCUGUCCACGUCUGUUUCCACACGGCCCCGUCCCCAGGGCACCAGUCUUCCAUCCUCACAGCAGAGCCACACGGGUAUUAGGGGUCUUCACGAUGCUGUAUCUUCUUGUGGGCUCUUGGCUACCAUGCCUCGGUUUCCCCCACUGGCAGGAGUACAGUGGAAACUAGAGAGGGGCCACAUGUUGUGGAGUCCUCAGGGGGUCUGCAAAGGUGGCAGUGUAGACCCAGAUUCUUGUCAGACACUCACACUUGCUCAGCACAGAGGCUGGCACUCCAUACACACUCAGUAACUCCGUGAUGAGCGAAUGAAUGAAAUGAAGCCCUGUUCUAAAUUGUAGGGUCUUUCGACUUCCCCUCUCCUCAUUCCACCCUUUUUUUUUAUCCCCUUUGUCUUUAUACAAACCUCCUGCGUCAGAACAAAAUUAGAGUCCAAAUUGAUCUGCCCCCAACAUUGCUCCCAAAACACUCUUCCCUGCCUAGGACCCCCAGGCUGUGCUGGUAUCCAGGCAUAGGGUGUGUGGACAGAGCAUUCCCAAGCAGCAGGCACCUCUGUGCCCUCAGUUAUCCAGGGCAAGGGUCCUGGCUGCCCCCUGCCCCUCCCUGCGGGCUGCAGGGGACGUGCUAAGUCAGGCUGUGAACAGGGCAGGGCUGGUGGCUUCCCUGGCCGUGACUUCUGUGCCCCCUUCUCCCUCUGACCCAGCCUCACCCUGGAGGUCCCCAGGGGCCUACCCAGAGCCAGGCAGACCGUAGUCCUGAGAUGGAGCAGGGUGAAUGUUUCCAAACACCUCUGGGGACAUCCAGAGGGCAGGGUCAGUAGGCGCAAUAGAGGUAAGAACCCUUCAGAUGGAUUCAGACCCAGAGCAAUAACCCCGUCAUACCUAUCCCCCAACUAGGGCCCGCCCAGUCCUGUGACCACCACCAUGUGCUCCCCAGCAGAUCAAGCAAGAGGCUUGCAGGAAAGGUAUGGAACAAGGCUGUUCCACCCAAGGUGGCCAGUCCAAGGUCAGUCUACCACGCAGACCUUGUCAUGCAAGUGCAUUUGGAAAAUCUGGGCUUGGCCAGUUCCCCAUUGGCCUGGUCUACACAGCCAAAGAGUCAGACUAGAUUAGACUGUUGAAGUCAGUUCUGCAGUCAAGCAGAUUCCCCUGGCCCACCCUGCCCUCUAGAAGCUGCCUUAGCUCCCUGAGUGGAGGUGGUCUCCGGCCCGGACUCUUCCCUAUGUGGGCUCACAGGGCAAACACCAUUUUGGCAGCCCCACAGCCAAAGCACAUAGGGCAGCGUCAGCAGGUGACCACCCACCCAUCAGGCCAGACACACAAGGCACCAGACGGUGGGCAUCUGACUGAAAUAAGUUUUCCCUACACGGGAAGAGUAAAACUUGUCAGCUGGCACCUAUAGAUGCCUGGCAGCAACCAGAUGGUCUGCCCCAAGCAGCAGAAACUCUCCGGGCCGGGGAGAAGGCUCCUGCCCUUCCAGAAAGGGAUUCAUCAGCUUUGCUCUCCUGGGAAGGUGUCACGGUACCCCAGGAACAGGAUCACCGCUGCUGAGCGGUCGGGUACCAGGCCAGGGCCCUGCGAGGGACCUCUUGCAACUCUUGAGUUGCUGCUUGGGCUAGCUGAACACAUGGGGAUGCGCCCCAGGGCCUUUUUCCCUGGCAGGAUUCCUGGGAUGUUCAAACUACCUCACCAACAGGAUGCUGAGCCAGGAGCCUGCCAUCCGACUGGCCCCCUUGCUGGUCGUGGAAGAUGAUGUUCUUCCUAAAAUGCAUCCCUCCCGGCCUGUUCCCGGAAGCCUUUCCAGAAGAUGGAGAGGACUGAGGGCUGUUGUUCUUUGAGCCUCACAGAGUGCAUUGGAGGGAGGUGUUCCAGCAAGGUCCAGGAGCUGGGAGGCCCUGGGCUGGGGUGGGGACAAUAAUGUGCCACCAGUCUCUAUAAGGAGCUGCCCACACUGAAUAUGUAGCAAGGACCGUGGCAUAAGUUGAAAAGUGGCCAAACGAAUCACUAAUAACUCACCAUGGGGCCCUCUGAAGAGAGGCCUGUGCUGGUGUAACCAUGGCAACAGCGGAUGCCAGCAACCUACUCAUUAGUACCACCCCGUGAUAAGGCUUCCCCUGGGCGAGGCCCAGGGGUCAUAAAGUAGCAAAGUAGCAAAUGUAGCAAUAAGGGUCCUGGGGCCAUCCAGGGACAGGGCCCGAAUGACCCGGCCUCGGCCAUCUCCCAGCCCCGAUGAGGGCUCAGAGCCAGCUGCUGUCAGCUGUCCAUGGGGGAGGCUCUGCUCCACGCCCAGGGCCCCGUUCUAGAUUCUAAGCCCACUCACCGCAUGAUCACGGACACGUCGAAAUGGCCUCUUCAUAGUGCAUGUGGUUCUCAUUAGUUUAUUUUUCUGGAAUUUGGGGAUUGGACCCCAGAACCAAACAUGCUGGUACACUCUAAAAAUAAAUGACUUGAACCCACUACAA